GCCGCCGCGUGAAGCUUUAUUUGCCCAAACUGUUGCAGCGGGCUGCUGAGCUGUUAGCGCUGGGGAGCGAGCACUGAACUGAAGUCCCACUUGGGUUGCGCUGUGUGGAUCGCGGCGGAGGGAGAGGCGCGUUUACAACAUCCUCCAAAAGACUUGUUGAGGGAGCUUCUUAAAACAGAGGCCAGGCACAAUAGAAUAAAUAAGAAGCUAUGCAGAAAUCCGAAUGCCCUGGAGGUUUGCAGUUGAGAAACAGGGUGACAGGUAAUUAUCUUCAAAGGACAUCCUCAAGUACACCAGUAAAACAGAGGACUACAAUUCAGCAAAGCAAAUCCUCAUCAUCAAUAGGUUCUCCAGAAUCUGCAAAAAAACUUCAUCCUCGACCAAGUGAUAAACUUAACCCUAAAACAAUUAAUCCUUUUGGUGRACAGACAAGGGCUCCUUCUGCAUUCUCAGCUAUUUACUCUAAAGGAGGUAUUCCUUGCAGAUUGGUACAUGGUUCAGUAAAACACAGACUACAUUGGGACUGUCCUCCUGAAAACCUUCCAUUUGAUCCUCUUCUUAUUACUUUAGCUGAGGGUCUGAGAGAGACGAAACAUCCAUAUACCUUUGUGUCAAAGGAGGGUUUUAGAGAAUUACUUUUGGUCAAAGGAGCUCCUGAAAAGGCUAUUCCUUUGCUACCUAGACUAAUUCCUGUGCUAAAGGCAGCUCUGGUCCAUUCAGAUGAUGAAGUGUUUGAAAGAGGAUUGUGUGCUUUGGUGCAGUUAAGUGUCAUAGUUGGUCCUUCCCUAAAUGAUCAUCUGAAACAUCUGCUUACCAGUCUUUCCAAGAGACUAAUGGACAAGAAAUUCAAAGAGCCAAUCACAAGUGCAUUACAGAAGCUAGAGCAUCAUGGUGGAGGUGGAAGCCUUAUAAUCAUCAAAUCCAAAAUUCCAACAUACUGCUCAAUAUGCUCUUGAAUAAGGGAGGCAAGAGAAGUCAUCUUCCUGCUGACAGGUCUCAUACACUGAACAUGGAUACCCAGGAAACCUUGUUCAAUUCAGUUCAUUCUUUUGUAAAUCACAACCACCGGUCAUUGUUUACUAGGUUAAGAUAAGUAUAUGUACCUGCUGAAUCAUAGUGAAGGUUACUCAUCAACAAAAAGGAAUGGCUAAUAAUGGAAGGUUAUUAAAGGAACUUUUGUAAUAGUAUAACUUUGUGGUUUUUCUUUGUCUUUUUAUCAUUUGUGUGAAGAACCAUUGAGUUUAUAAGAUCAGGUGUGUUUGUAUUUAUUUUCUAGUGCUUUUUUAAUUUGUAACACUUGCAGUCAUUUGUAGCUGUAUGUUUAUGUUUAUAGGGGUUUUUUUGCCAUUUCUUAGUUUUUAUAUAUAUAUCAAGCUAUAGAAAUUUCAAAUAUUGGAUUAAUCCUU